AUGUGGACGCUUUAUGUUUUUCUUAUAUGCUUCUAUUCCAUUUCAUGCUUAACCGAUUUAGACAUUUUAAACGUUGCACUAGAAAAUAACAUUUUGGUCUUUCCCUCAAAUAUCAGUGAAGCGUCUGGAAUGACCCUUUUUCAUGGAAGAAUAGAAACAAAGUCGGAAUGCCGGAAAGUGAAUGCAACUAUAAAUUCGACGCUCUGCACUGUCAUAUGUGGAAAGCUCGAAGCUUGCCAAGUUGCUCUCUGGACAUCAGCAAUGUUUUGUGAUAUAUGUGAGUAUGGAUCUGUAACUAUGGUCGUGCAAGAGAAAACAAAUGACAACGUUGUGGCAUUAAAAAGAAAUUCUUCAAGUACUAUUUUGAGAGAACCCAUUGACAAAUGCCCUGCUCCAAGCAUUACAUUAAGUCAAUGUGAGGAAGGAUGGAAAUUGUUUUUGCGAUACAAUGCGUACUAUUGUCUGAAGGUCAUUAACGGUGAUCAAUUCCAAAACAUAACUCAAUCGGAAGGCGUCCAGCUAUGCUUGAACAAUAAUUCCAAUAUCAGCGGCCUGGAAUCAGAUAGGGAACGGCUCUAUGUUUUUGCGAUGACAAUUUGGAACUCGUUAAAUAAAUCGAAACAAGAAAAAUGGGGAUGGGGUGUUUGGAUUGAUGGGAUGAGAAAUAAACCUUGCAAUAUGCAAAAAAAUGAAACAUGCAACUUAAUGGAGGGAUUUAACUUUACUGAUGCCACUCUAUAUCACAAAGAUGGUUACAUAUGGAAUGAGGGCGAACCAAACGGAUAUAAUGGAAAUCAAAAUUGUGUCUAUAUGAGCCUUCCUACUGAUUCGGGCGACUCUCGUAAUGGGACUCUGGACGACGCCGGAUGCGAAGAACAUACCUACUUCCUCAAAAAGCUAGUUUUAUGUGGAAAGAAGGCGACUCAAAUUGUUACUGAAGCUAUUGAAAGAUAA